AUGCCUGCUUCGGAGACCGAGCCCUCGGACAAGACGGCAGCCGCUGCUGCGCCUGUGGUGGACAAUGCUGCAGCGGGCCCUCCGGCUGAGCCUGUUUCUGGCCAGGCAGCAGCGCCUGCGGGUGAACCGGUUGAGCCUUCGGCAGCCUCUGGCGAGCCGCCUUCGGAGAAGCCAGUUGAGCCGUCGGAGAAGCCAGAAGCCGCUGGUGAGCCGGCUUUGGAGAAGUCAGUCGAGCCGUCCGAGAAGCCAGAAGUCGCUGGUGAGCCGCCUUCUGCGCCUGUGCUUCCCUCGGACCAGGCAGAUGCUGCUGCCGCUGAGCUGGCCAAGCCUUCUUCGAGCACGUCCGCAGCGCCAGCGGUUGCGCCCCUUUCUGGCCUGGAGGAUGUUCAGACGGCGCCGGACAGUCCGCUGUCCGUUGCCUUGGCCCACGUGAUG